CUUGUUAAACAUCAUGUUCAGCCACUCGGCAAUUUUUUUUUUUUUUAAUUUUAGAUGUAUUAUUUCCGUGUAAUCCACCCUAAUUGUAGGCUGCACUAAAUUAAGAACUGCGGGUCUGGAAUUGUGCCCCCCUCUGCAAGAAAGUCUGACCAGGAGCUUUUCUUUGAUUCUAUCGCCACCUGCCGAUAGGGCCAGAGUAUAGCGGGGGAAGAAACUGAACUGCUGCCGCUCGUCUAGAAAAGGCGCGCUACACACGCCCGCUACGAUGUCUGAACUCGCCCCGCGCGCAAGACGCGACACAUGGAACGCAUCGAGAGUCGAGAGAGAAACACACCGCCCAGGUAUUCCGCUCGCGCUCAGAACUCGUCAGAGGGCGUUCGUUACCGACAGUGAUCAAUGUCGCUAUAUUCAUUUUUUAAAUAAAAGCCAGUUUUAAACGAAACCUGAUCGAACAGCUGUGGCUGAAUAAGUGAAAACUUAAGGUAACUGUGACAGAUAAAGCCAUAGCACAGGAUGGCUUCAAUUGGGGAAUUCGACCCUCUUCACUCCACCGUGCCAGCAACUAAGAUUGAAGUUACGGUAUCCUGCAGGAAUCUGUUGGACAUGGACACAUUCUCCAAAUCAGAUCCUGUCGUGGUGCUGUACGUCCAGGGCAUCGGGACCAAAGAGUGGAGAGAGUUUGGCAGAACAGAGGUGAUCGAUAACACCUUGAGCCCAGACUUCGUCCGAAAGUUUGUUCUUGACUUCUUCUUUGAGGAGAAACAGAAUCUUCGCUUCGACGUGUACAAUGUGGAUACAAGAAGUUCAAACAUUUCAAAACAUAAGGACUUCCUGGGUCAGACAUUCUGCACGCUGGGAGAGAUCAUCGGUUCUGCAGGUGGUCGGUUGGAGAGAACACUGUCUGGGAUUCCAGGGAAGAAGUGUGGCAACAUCAUAUUCAAUGCCGAGGAGCUCAGCAACUGCAGGGACAUAGCCACUAUGCAAUUUUGUGCCAACAAACUAGACAAGAAGGAUUUCUUUGGCAAGUCCGAUCCUUUCCUGGUAUUUUACCGCAGCAAUGAAGAUGGCACGUUCACCAUUUGCCAUAAAACGGAGGUGAUCAAAAACACCUUGAACCCUGUGUGGCAGCAGUUUACCAUCCCUGUGCGUGCUCUUUGUAAUGGUGACUAUGACAGGACUGUCAAAGUGGAUGUUUAUGACUGGGAUAGAGAUGGAAGUCACGACUUUAUUGGUGAGUUUACAACCAGUUACAGGGAGAUCUCCCGAGGGCAAAGCCAGUUCAACGUGUACGAGGUUCUACAUCCAAAAAAGAAAGGCAAGAAGAAGAAGUAUGUUAACUCCGGGACGGUGACCUUGCUGUCCUUCAAAGUGGAAUCGGAGUACACGUUUGUGGACUACAUCCGGGGAGGCACUCAGUUGAAUUUCACGGUUGCCAUUGAUUUCACUGCGUCCAAUGGUAACCCCUCACAGCCCACCUCCCUGCACUAUAUGAACCCGUAUCAGAUGAACAUGUAUGCCAUGGCGCUCAAAGCGGUGGGAGAGAUCAUACAGGACUACGACAGUGACAAGCUCUUCCCGGCCUACGGCUUCGGGGCCAAGCUGCCUCCAGACGGCAAGAUCUCCCAUGCCUUCCCCCUGAAUUGUAACAGCGAGGAUGCCAACUGUGUGGGCAUUGAAGGGGUGUUGGAGGCGUACUUCCAAAGCCUCAGGACUGUGCAGCUCUACGGCCCUACAAACUUUGCCCCCGUCAUCAACCAGGUGGCACGGUUGGCAGAGGAAGUGACAGACGGCUCCCAGUACUUUGUGCUGCUCAUGAUCACAGACGGGGUCAUAUCCGACAUGGUGCAGACCAAGGAGGCCGUGGUCAACGCUGCUGCUUUGCCCAUGUCUAUCAUCAUAGUAGGAGUGGGACCAGCUGAAUUUGAUGCCAUGGAGGAGCUGGAUGGGGAUGAGGUGAGGGUGUCCUCUAGGGGGCGAUAUGCAGAGAGAGACAUUGUGCAGUUUGUGCCGUUCCGUGACUACAUCGACCGGUCAGGAAACCAAGUGCUGAGCAUGGCACGGCUGGCCAAAGACGUGCUGGCAGAGAUUCCAGACCAGCUGCUGUCCUUCAUGAAGAGCCGGGACAUCGAGCCUCGGCCCGCCCUGCCCAACACCACCAACAAAUGCCAAGCCCUCAACAUGUGCAUCUGAGCGGGGGGCGCCCAGAGAAGGAGCAGGGACUGACCCUGGAGCUUUAACAAUGCUGCCAACCACUCCUGAAAUCAAGUACAUCCACACAAAGCAAUUAUCAACCUGAGUAGAUCGAUGGGAGGGGUAGGAAAGUGUGAGCUCUCGCCCCUACCUCCUGUUACUUAAACCCAUCCCAAAAAAAAACGUAAUUUAUCCACAACACACUUCUCAACGGCCCUCAAAGCUCAACAGUCAUCACUCUUCCUGGAGCCCUUCCUUGUCCUGGCUGUUCAAGUACUCAGAACAUUAGCGCAUCAUAUUGUGUGACCCGCAUCAGCCAAGCAGAAAAUUAUGCCUGGCAAGCAAACUUUUCUAAUCAACAAAGCUUUCCGCCCUUUUAUUUCAUCUGACAGGAUCAUGGCUUAGCCUCCUAACAAGCGUGGAACAGACAACAGAAAAAUUAAGGAGUUAGCAAGGAGGGAAAAAAAGCAUUACAUUCUGUCACUCUCCCACACACAAACUCUCAAGCGACCCCUGCAUUCAGUGCAUUCAAAACGUAUCUGUGCUCUGUGCUUUGGCAGAGAAUGUGGUCAAUGGGUGCAAAAACACUCCAAAGUGAUAUUGCGUGAAGACCGAAAGCGUGGCAGGACUGAUCAGGUAAACACUUGAAUGUGACUUUGUCACUUCGUUCGUCCUGUAUUGAAGUGAAGUAGGGAUCAGCAUGGGAUUGGAUGGGAACAAAGGAAUGAGAAAAAAUGGAUACGGUAAGAGGUCUCCUCAUUCAUAUUGGCAGUGGGAGCAGUAUUUGGCGUCUCCGCAACUGCCUAGGACUACAUCCUUUAAGUGUGCCAUUUUACUGUUUUUAUCUCCCCAUGACUCACAUGGAGAUGUCUGCCAGCUGUCUUCUGCUAUACAGUCUACUGACUGAGACAUUUCUGUCACAAUGUAUUAUUUAUUUAUUUAUUUAUUUGUUGUCCAGUAGCCGCUGCUGUGCUAUAGACUUUGACUUACUUGUAUAUUUCAAACCAAACAAAGACAAAGCGUGAAUCUGUCAGAAUAAAGCCGGAGGUGUUGAGAGUGGCCUUUGUGCCUGCAUGCCACGAACCGACAUCUUUAUGCUGUUUUAGUUUUCGGGAAUAUGUGCAAAUAGUGGGAAAAGUUGCUUCAAUGAUUUGUGGACCAAAACAGCUACAGACAACAUUCCCUAUUGUUUAACAGAUCUAAUAUAUGUUUGUUCAGUGUCACUUGUUGCAGUACACCAAACAUUAUUUAUUUGGUAUCUAACAUGACAGUUUCCAAACUUAAAUGGCCACUAUCAGCUGUUUUUGUUUAUUUGGGUAGUUUGAAUCGUUUUAGGUGUGACAUUCUUGUAUAAAAUAGAUCUUUAGAUUUUAGCAAUCCACUUUUCCUACAUUCUGAUUUGGAAGACAGUGGCAACUUAGACAUGUUAGUCCCUGUAAAUGUUGUUAUCACUUUCAUUUCUAUCUUCAUUGUAGUUCCUUCCCCACUCUCUUACUCUGUGUGGCUCCGGCCCUGUGUGGAAAUGAAUAAUUCAUGGUCUGGCUGACAGCUGCAUAUCUGCACCCUCUUUUCAUAGGCCUCUGAGCCAGCUGCACUUAUUUAGAAUAAGAAUGAUCCUCACGCAGAACGAUGUGGGACAAAAGCGCUUGCAUGUUGUCCAAGGAGAGAGAGAAAGACAGGUGAUGCUCCCCAGGUCGCCUCGGCACCCUUGUUGAGAAAGACAGAGAGAGUCAGCAGGAUUGGCUCUUGAAAGCCCAGCUGUCAGCCCAUUAAAAAAAAAAACAUUUCUAGGGGAGUUGCAAAACUGGCGCUUUUACUUUUACAAAUGUAUGCAUAGUUAUUCUGAGGCUGCUUUGGCCAUUUUUUACUAUUUAUGUGGGUCUAACUGCUGUACGCUGUCAUAUUUCGGUAAUAAUAUGCAUGAGAGUUUCAUUCUUCAGGAUUUUUGUCUUUUUUAUAUAUCCUUCUACCAAAAAGGAUGUUUUAUUCUCAGUGCAACUCUGCCAUUAAGAAGAAGCAGUCGUGGCAAUGACAACUGAAUGGGCCAUAAUUUCAUUGCUGGGCAAUGAGCAGAGCAACAAGCUAAGUCUGCUGCACGUCAACUAAAGCGAUUGUGUGGUGUGUGGGAACAUCGUGCUGACCCACCCAUGUUUGUGCUUAGGAUCUUGCUCAUGGUAUCAGCAAAAUGAUUUUGCCAAGUUAUUAAAGUUAUUAGCUUUAGUUCAUGCACGGCAGACUUUGCUCCUUGCUUUGCUCGCUGCCCGUUGAUUAAAUUAGGGCUCAACAAGUUUGAGGUUGUAUCAAAUGUAGCCAAAGGGCAAGUGGGCAAUUUGAGGCUUUGUGCCUCUAACAUGGAACUUACACAAUGAAUAAUGAGCCCAGAGAGCAACAAUGUCAUCUCAAGUACUACAGUUGACAUGCAGGGUUCGAGAAUGUACUUGUCGAGGAACUGACCAAGCAAUUGGCUAGUUUUGUUUUCACAUUUGAUUCAUCGAUUUGAACUCUGCCAGCAGUAGGCCCACAAACUUACUUUAUCAGACAACAAAUUCUGCCGUGAUGAUAACACACAUAUGUACAUUAUACACUGGUAUUUAUACUUACAGCACAUUGUAUCAUUGAGUGUUGAGGAUCCCAGUUGUAGCCAUGCCAUGUGCAAGGGGGGUGAUUAUGGACAGAAUAUGAAUGCAGUAUGUGGCCUUAAUUCUUUGUCAAGUGUAUAUGAGAGUUCAGUUGAUGAUAGAAAUGGCAGGGCAGUUUGUCACAUAAUUAUGUUGUUUGGUUUAUUUUGCAUGAAAUGAAUGGGACCAUUUAUGAUCAUUUGAAAAGUAACUGUAUACCUUAAUUUGAAAUCAACGAUGUGUAGAUAACUGUGAAUAUAGAUAGCAAACUGUGACUGUUUUCUAUGAUAGUUUAUUGUUGUAUAUUUUUGUUCAUGUUCUCUGUUGUGUACAGUGUCCAUAAUAGAGAUACUGGUGUAGAAUAAGGCAAAAAGUAUGAUGUAGCUUGCUACCAAUAGAAGAUAUUUUCUCAACAUAAUAGAACAAGUGUUUAUCAGUCUAGUGUUGCAAAUAUACAGCUGCAACCUUUGUGUCUUUAAAACUAUAAGAGUGUCCAUUUAGUACAACCGCAUGCACAGAAAUUGUUGGAGAGCAAAAAUGAAACCUCAUUUAAAUCUUACGUAAUAUUUUUUACAUUGAGCAUGAUUUGUCAACUAUGUGUUCAGUGAGUACAUUAUAGAGGUUAUUCCUCACCUAUCUUGGCCAGACCCUAAUCCUUGCACAAGUCUUUCUUUUGUAUUAUGCUCUUACAUUUACACUGCAAUAUCAGCAGAAGACAUAGCCUACAAUUUUGGUUUGAAAUCAAAAUUCCAUAAAAAGGUUCAACGAAAGUUGAAAGAACUGUUGUACACGCUAUAAGUCAAUCACCACCUAACAGUGUCAACCCCUUCAUUUGCUUCUGAAGAGGCUAACAAUACUUUAUUAAAUCUUUCCACAAUCAUUCCUUUCUGCAUGGGUUUCAUCACGCCAGUCUCUUUAAAACACAUUUUACAGAGCUGUGUAGAAUACAAAAGUAAAAUCAGGACAAAAGAAAACAUAAAGUAAAAGAUGAAUUCACCAGAAAGCAACCAUAUGUUGUCCUUGCACAAAACACUGUUCAAAUGUUCAACGCUUCUGCAUCGCUGCCUAGUAAAAAAAAGAAAAAAAGAGGGAUGCUGGAAAGGUUUUAUAUGUAACUUUACAUGAAAUAGGCCUAUGUUUCAUAGUUUAGUUUUCAUAGAAUGUCAUAGUGUUAUUUCACCGCAAAAAGGGACAAUACUGGUUUGAAUUUUAUAUCCUGUUACAGGUUUCCCCACUCAUUAGCCAACACUCACUUUAUGAAUGUGAAAAAUGUUUGGCAAUAAUAAAGCACUUUGAAGCAAA